ACGCGUAUACCGCGGCACUUCAAUUAUAUUUCGGAAUCGAUUUUUUUUCGCUGGCGACAGACUGCUUCUUUUUUCCAGGUUCAUUCCUUUACGGACGAACGCGACCGGAGGAAGGAACAGUAUAUCAGUGGCAUCGGAGUAACCGGUGUCGACGCUCGAGCAAAAUACCACACAAACGAAACGGAUGCGUACCAUCAGAAACAGGUGGACGGCGCGCCGGUUGUGCAAGCAACCGUGUAGGAACAGUGACCGUAGGCAUUUGCAUUGUCACCUAAAUCAAGAAAGGCUCGUAAAACUGGGAUCCGGUAAACAGAGACCUUCGUGAUCUAAACCCGUCGUCCACCCCGUCUACCAUCUCCCCAGGAAAGGCUUAUGAAUUGUCCUUUUUCUCAGGGAUAACGGUACUAAUCGUGCGAAUAUAUGGUUAGUCGCUUUUUCCUGCUGUCGUUCGCUGUAGGGCACUGCGUCGUUCGUGAUUUCCGAUGAGCAUCACGAGGUUUUACAGACGUCGUACCCGUGUACAUUUAUACAGCGAGCAAUUCAGGGACAUCCCCCCGCGAACGAGUGCUCUUGUUUCAGACUAACAGGUGCGUAUGAUGUGACGCUACAUAGUGUGUGCAAGUAUUCACAAUACCUGGACUUCUAGAGUCAACCAAUUUCCUGUGUGGAAAUACCACUCUGGUUCGUUGCGAGUCUGUCUCUUUUUCUGGCCGUGUUUUUUGCUGUGGUUGCGCCGUUGUAAUUCGUGGGUCUUCUCGAGCAAAUCUUCGCUGCGUCCUCUUGAGUGAGGCACACCAACUGGUUUCCAGAAUAAAAAAACAAAGUGGCACAGCAAACGGCCGACCGCUGCCUCGAACAGAAUAAGUUCCCGUUGUCUUUUCAUACUUUGCUACGUGCACAUGCACGCUGCUCUGUCGUAAAGACUCCCGAGCUAGCACACCACAAAAAGCACGCGCGCGAUUCUUUCUUUUGGCGAAAUCUUUUCCGUUUUAGAGAAAAGACUCCGCCACCAGCCGUCAACAGUUAGAUGAUACCUCAAGAAAGCCGGCUCUCCGCCGAGUUCGACGUGGGCACAGCCUCGACCGAGCUACACUGACCUGCUCGCGAGUUUCUCCUCGUGGUGGCCUGCCCGCCGAAUUUUUUUCAGCUCUUCGAUUUCCCAAGAAACCUCCCGCAAAAACGCGUUCACUUGGCUUGGUGCCAAAAACCUCUGGGCUUUUCUCUCUCCGCAAAGCAGGCACUUCUCACCUACUUUCUUAGAGCAAACCUCCCGUCUGUCGGCUGCGCCUGGCCCGGUUCCCGUGACCCCCCUGGCACUCUCGCCAGCAGUUCUCUGGUGAGUGCUCCUUGCCGAGAACGCCUUUCCCGCUGCUCCUCGAAAACGUGGUCUUCUCCUCUCGCUUCUGCGAAGAAAGAGCGCGUACACUGCUCUCGCGUCGCGCCUUUCGCCAAUACCGCCGAUGCUCGACUCUCGAACGACAGCCGCGGAAAGCCGAGUGCCCACUUUUUUGCCGAGAAUACCGCUCGCACCGGGUGUACGUACACCUCGUGCCGGAGUGGCGUCGCGGCUUCGAGCGCCGCGGAGUUGCCACUGUACUUCUUCGUGCGCGCGGCCGUUCAACCUGCGUUUCUUUUCUCUUCGCCGUCGAGAGCCACGGAAGACACCAGCCUGGACGCGCCGUCGCCUCGAUCGCCUCGACACACAGAAGGAGCCGCAGACAGGAGACACACACAGGGAGGGCGGUACCGGUUUCGUAAGAUUCUCGACUGCCUCUCUUUCCUCUCCGACUCCACUCCUAUGCUGCUCGUGGCAGAGACAAAAAAAGAGCGAGGAAACAACGGAAGACGAUACUUAGAGAAGAAACGAAGGAAGCAGCAGCGCAAGAGGAACAGCAGAGCUCCAGCACGACAUUAAAGAAGAGCGAAAAAGCUGGUCGAAUGUAUAAAUUUAUCUUAGUGUUCGUGUAUGUGUAUACACGUGUGUAUAUGUGUGUGAAUACGGAUAUACACUUGCGGCGAUGUAUUGGGGACGCAAGCGAGACUUCAAGAGAGAGAGAGAGACCGCAGGGAAGGAGGGUGGCAAACUCCGCGAGGAAGUUUUGAGAGGUAGGGAAAAGUGGAGGCUCCUUGGGGAUGGACGAGCUUCUUCGGCUCUGAAGGAAGAACGAUGAGGCUCCUUUCCUCCUCGAGCUCUUCUCAAAGGACGACCGGGAGAAAGGAGACACAGUGACGGUAAUGCGUGUCUCUGUCUGUUCUCGACUCUUAGUCUUUUAUUCAGCUUCGGGAUCUACGACCGCUGGAGGUCGCCUCGGCUUCGCUAGACUCGAGGGAGAUCAGGAGACACACCCGGAGUUUCCUGCGAAGGCGAGGAACUCGGAGGAAGGGGAGACGAAAGAGGGAAGAAAGACGACAACAAGGCGAGUCGGACGAAGGAAAUCGGAAGAGAAGAAGACACGAGCGGAGAUUUGACGGCGCAGCGGAGGCAUCAGCGAUAACGACAGCAGGGGCAGGAGGAAGAAGGUCGAGAGACUAGACAGAGAGGCGCCAGAGUGGGACAGGAAGAGAGACGCACAGACAGUGGAGAGCGGGAGAGACUUUGACACUUGCCGAAGAAGAGCAUCUCGGGAGCAAGAGACCUGUCUGUUCCACGAACGUUCGAACACAGAGAUAAACGUUUCUCUCCACACAGGAGAAACGCGUCGACUGUCACUCCAGGUUCUCCAAGUUUUUGCGGUGGCUCUUCGAUCAACGGAGGGUGAGAGAGACGCCGUCACCUCAGGGAUGCCCGUCUCCUGCCGGGUGGCCUUGGUCCUCGUUCGAGAGCAGUGCGCGUCUGAUGUUUUGAUUUUUUCUUUUCUUCUUCGUGUCGCCGCCGCCGCAUUCGAAUCUGGCGUCUUUGUUUCCUCUCUCUGCUUUCCUCCCCUCGUUUCCUCUGCUUCAAGGGUCCUCCUGUCUUUUUCCUGGAGAGUUUCUUCCGGGCUUCCUGCCUCUCAACAGCGGUUUCUUCUGUUGCUUUGCCUCUGUGAGACAAGCCGGCGCUUCUCUUCGUCAUUCUCUUUCUCUGUGCAAGACCUUCUCUCGUCGGUACCUCCUCUCUUCCUCCACCUUUCCCUCCUUACUCAUUUUCUUCGCCUUCCUUCCUUUUUUCUCUCUUCCUUAAGUGCUCCAAGAGAUGAGGUCCCUCGCCUCUGCCGGCAAUGCAGGCCGCCCCCCGGGUGGUCCUGCCGCCUCGCUUCUCCGCCCUUCCUCUUCCUCUUCCUCUUCUUCUUCUUCCUCUUCUUCUUCCUCCUUUUCUUCCUCUUCUUCCUCUUUUUCUUUUUCCUCCAGCUCGGAUUUCGGACUUUUUGGCCACAAGGCGAUGACCGGCGACGAAGCCGCUCGACGUUGGGAGUUUCUGCGCGCAGCGUUUCAGCACAUUUUCGCUAAAAAAGCUGGGGCCCUCAGCUACGAGGAAGUCUACCGAUACGCCUACUUGUUGGUCAUCAACAAGAGAGGGCGACUCCUGUACGAUGGAGCUCGACAGUGCGUGGAAGGGCAUCUGCAAGCGGUGGCAAGUGAAAUUGCGGAGAAGGAUGACGACGACCUCUUUCUCGCGGCUCUGCUGGAGAAGUGGAGAGAUCACCGCGUAAACAUGCAGAUGAUCAAAGACGUUCUGCUUUACUUAGACAAACACUACGUCGAGAUGCAUCACUUGACGCCUUCGUUUUCGAUGGGGAUGAGUCUCUUCUGCUCCACGGUUCUGCAGCACCCGAACAUUCAGCUCAGAUUUCGGCACCUUCUUCUCGACAGAAUUCGCAAAGAGAGAGAGGGCCAUCAAAUUGACCGAAUGGUGAUGCGGGAGGCGACUGCGAUGCUGUCCCAGUUGCGUCUGCAUGCUCAUCGGCCGGUUUACACGGAGGAGUUUGAGGCACCUUUCCUGGCUGCGACGCGCGAAUUUUACACUCGCGAAGCAGCGGACUUCAUCGCGUACAAUUCCUCUCCAGAGUUCCUUCAGAAGGCAGAAAGCCGCAUUCGCGAGGAAGCGAGACGCGUGGAAGAGUAUCUUGACCUGGAGACGACUGCGCCUUUACGAGCGCUCAUGGAGGACGUUUGGCUGGGCCAACACUUCAAGACUCUCGUCUAUAAUCCGAACUCAGGCUGCACGCAUUUAUUUCAGGCAGAUAAAAUUGCAGACCUCGCGCGCAUGCACCGUCUCUUCUCCUCGGUCCCUGGCGCCCUCGAGGAAGUUAGACAAGUGAUGAAAGAGAGCAUCACGAAAUACGGGGAGGCCAUCGUCCGCGACCCGGAGAAGACUCGCGAUCCCGUGACGUUUGUGCAGAAUUUCCUCGCGCUGAAGGCCAAGUUCGACCAGAUCGUCGUUCGCGCCUUUGCAGAAAGCAAAGAGGCCUUCGGCGCGCUCGUGGCGGCAUUUGAAAACGUUCUGAACAAAGACACGCGAGCGGCGCGCUUCCUCUCGCUUUACCUCGACGACUUGUUUCGAAAAAGCAUGCGCGGACUGUCCGAAGCGGAGGCGGAGCAGAAACUAGACGAAGUGCUCGUGCUCUUCCGGUACCUGCGAGACAAAGACAUCUUCGAGGCCCUGUACAAGCAACACCUCGCCCGUCGUCUCCUGGGAGGCCGCUCCGCGUCUGAAGAAGAGGAGAAGAAGAUGAUUGUCAAACUGAAGGCUGAAUGCGGACAACAGUACACGUCGAAGCUCGAGGUCAUGUACCGAGACAUGCAGGCAUCCGAUGACAUUAUGCGGCAAUACCACGCUAGAGAAGAUCUCCAGAGAGACACUGCCUGUCCUGUCUCGCUGUUGGACGCGCGCCUCCUGCAACUCGGUCGCGCGAUUGCGCGUCGCGCAGGGACUUUCGCCUCUGCUUCUGGCAGUUUUUCUGCCUCCGCUCUCCACCAACCUGUAGACGACACAGUCCGGUCGCCGAACGACCCCAACGCAUCCGACAGUCCCGAGUCGCCGGCCUUCACCACGCCUCUGCCUUCUUCCUCUUCUGCUUCUUCUUCCUCUUCCGCUUCUUCUUCCUCUUCUGCUUCUUCUUCCUCUUCUUCUUCUUCCUCUUCUUCUGCUUCCUCCUUCGCGCCUUGUCCUCCCUCUUCUUCUGUGUGGGGAUGCGAGGUUCCGCAAGGUCGUGGCGAGUUCGAGUUUUCGGUGCGCGUGAUCACACAGGGGACAUGGCCAGUGGAUGCGCAGACGCUGAUUUCCGAAACUCAACUUUUGCCGAGUCUCCUGGCCGAAGAAGCGACGCGCUUCGAGGCCUUCUACCUGGGGCGUCACAACGGCCGGGUGCUCAGGUGGAACCUCGCGCAAGGAAAGGCGAGUGUUCGCGGCCAGUUGCUCCACAGUCGCCACGAGUUCGAGUGCACGACGUUGCAGAUGAUUUUUCUUCUCGCAUUCAACUUUUUCCCUUCCACGCCGGUCUCCGUCAGUGACCUUCUCCAGCCUUUCUUCGCUGUCUCUUCCUCCCUCUCUCGCGCGGAGUUAAAGAGACAUCUCAUCAGCCUCACCACGCCUCGAUGCAAAAUCUUGCUGCGAGCCUCAUCUGGUGCAGGAGCGGCGAAUGCGGCCGAGCUGAAAGACUCGGACACUCUCACGGUCAAUCUAAGCUACACGAACAAGCUCAGGCGAGUUCGAGUUCCCCUCGUCGCGGUGCCCGCGGCCGCUGGAAGUGGAGAGGCCGCAGACGCGUGGGCGACUCCGCAUUUGGAGGCGCAAGCUGGCGCCGAUGUCCCGUCGAGUGUCGAGCAGGACCGAAACUACCUGGUCGAAGCUGCGAUCGUGAGGGUGAUGAAGACUCGCAGACGGAUGAUUCACAAUGACCUGCUCGUGGAAGUCACUCGACACCUGGCGCAGCGAUUUCGCCCCUCGCCUGCCCUCAUCAAACAGCGAGUAGAAAAACUCAUCGAGAGAGAAUUUCUCGAAAGAGAUGCCGCCGACAGGCGAAUGUACAACUACCUGGCGUAGUUCUCCUUUUUUUCUGUCUUCUCGCUCUCUUCGAGGUGGAGAGGCUCCUUUCCUCGUGUCUCUCUCUCUUGCCCCGAUUUCUCUGCGGGUGUUGUGUCUCUUGUGCCUCUCCAUCCAACGCUCAGAUUCUUUUCCGAGUUGAUCGCGUCUGUCGUUUCUGACGAGACAUCGCAUUCACGUUUUUCUCCGACCUUCUGCACUUCUUACUCGAUGCAGGACAGACUUGUUCAACACAGACGGGAAGGGGGAAAGGGAGGGACUUCGUGUUCCAGUAGAAGAGAUCGUCUUCGUGUUUUCUGUCAAGAAUUCGGGAAGGCCUUUCGCUUUUUCACAGAGCGCAUGAAGGCUGUUAAAUGAGCGGAUUUGCCUCGCUCGUGUGCGGCGAGUCUUUGCUUUUGAACGUGGAAAGACCCGGAAAAGAGGAAUUUCACUCACACAUGCUGCGGCAGUUUCUGCCACGGCUUGUUCUGCCAACGAACCGACUCAAAGUGUACACUUUUCAAACAACGAGCUUGCAGUUGUUCACUCGUGUAUACGCUUGAACCGAAUGCAUGUGUAUGUAUAUGCAUGCACAUAUACAAUAUGUGUGUGUCACGACCCUUCAAUGUAUUCAGGCGUGCUUUGAAAACGGGUUCCCACUGUCGUUCUCCAGUGAUUCUCAGUCUUUGUCGGCAAACUCUUCCUUCAGAUCUGACGCUGGUCUUCGGCGAUUUCCACCUGUUUUCCCUGGAAUCCCU